UUAAUACAUGGGGAUGACCGUCACGACAAAGGCAUGCAGAAAAGUUUCCAGAAGUGGAUCCCCAAACAUUAAGACGUUACAUAUGAGUCCGCGGCAGAUUUCCACAAACGCUGGAUGUCGUAAGAGAUUACAAUAGUGAAAUAAGAGUUGGGCACAGCCCCCUAUUAAGUAGCCGAUUGUGGAGAGAUUCUUCCCAUUUGGAAACAGGCUUCCUAUCUGGGACGUCCCGAAACGGGAGUGAUCUGUCUGAACGAACCCCCACCUCCUCCGAGACAAGUUCAUCACACCGGUAUCUCGGAAGAACCUGUGAUUUUCAAUAUAAAAUCAAAACAGAAAGGGCAUUGCAUCAGAUCCAUUCAUGACCUGCUGAAACAGACUGGCUGUGAAAAUGAAGAUAAGGCUGUCUUUGGCAGCAUUGGCCUUCAUUGCAGUGCCAAUGCUGCUGUCUGUGAAAGCUCAGACUGAAGUAAUACCACCAUCAGAUUUGAGAUUUAAAAUUUUAAAUGAGAACACAGUAGAAAUGACAUGGAAGCGCCCUCUAACAAGGAUAGAGGGCUUUAGAAUACAUGUGGCAUCAAAUACAGAUGAACCUGUGAAAGAGUUUACACUUCCUGCCUCUGCAACAAAAGCCUCAAUCAAGGAUUUAACUCCUGAUGUGGAUUACAUAGUAACAAUAUCAUCAUAUUCUAGAUCACAAGAGAGUUUACCCAUCUCUGGCCAAAUCACAAUCCAGUCAAGCGGGUCUGAAGGAGGUCCCAGAAGACCACAAGUUUCAGAAGCAGUUAAGUGCUCCACCAGUGCGGUCGCGGAUGUUGUCUUCCUGGUGGAUGGAUCAUGGAGUGUGGGACGAGACAACUUCCAGCAUAUCCGCAGUUUCAUCUCGGCUGUGGCCGGAGCUUUGGACAUUGGAGAGGACAAGAGCCGGGUGGCCGUAGUCCAGUACAGCACGGACACAAGGACAGAGUUCACACUGGACCAAUACCUGAGGCGUGGCGAGCUGCUCCGCGCCAUCAGCAACCUGCCCUACAAGGGAGGCAAUACCAUGACAGGCGAUGCCUUGGAUUAUCUGCUUAAAAAUAUUUUCACUGAGGCAUCCGGCGCCAGAAAAGGAUUCCCCAAGGUCGCCGUGGUUAUCACAGACGGAAAAUCACAGGAUCCCGUUGAAGAGUACGCCAGAAAGCUGAGGAACAGUGGGGUUGAGAUCUUCACCCUGGGGAUCAAAGAGGCAUAUGAAGAAGAGCUGAAACAAAUAGCUUCCACGCCCUACAGUACACAUGUGUACCAAGUCUCCAGCUUUGAUGUGAUCAAAACUGUGCACGAGGCACUCACCACACAGGUGUGUGCAGGAGUGGAGGAUCAGCUCAGCUUGCUGGCCAGUGGCGAGGAAGCGGUUGAGCCAGCUUCAAACCUCCGUGUGAUGGAAACAACAUCAAAGUCCACGCGGGUGGUGUGGGAUGCUUCUCUGGGUGAGGUGACGGGCUACAAACUGCAGCUGGUUCCUAUGCUGGCAGGCAGUAAGAGGCAGGAGCUGUAUGUGGGCUCCUCCCAGACCUCUGUGAAUAUUAGAGACCUGUCCCCAGACACAGAGUACAAAAUCAGCUUAUUCGCCCUAAAAGGCCUCACACCCAGCGAGCCAGUCUCAGUCAUGGAAAAGACCGAACCUAUCAAAGUGUUACUUGAAUGUUCUCUUGGAGUGGACGUUCAGGCUGAUGUUGUCCUUCUGGUCGAUGGGUCGUACAGUAUAGGAUUACUCAACUUUGCAAAAGUCAGAGCCUUCCUGGAGGUACUCGUCAACUCUUUUGACAUUGGACCCCGGAAGGUUCAGAUCAGUCUUGUGCAAUACAGCAGGGACCCACAUACUGAGUUCUACCUGGACACCCAUCAUGGUCUAAGUGCUGUAAUUAAAGCCGUGAGGACGUUCCCAUAUCGAGGAGGCUCCACCAACACGGGCAAAGCCAUGACCUAUGUCAGGGAAAAGAUCUUCAUCGCAAAUCGAGGAGCUCGCGCUAACAUACCUCGUGUGAUGAUCCUCAUCACAGAUGGCAAGUCUUCAGAUGCCUUCAAAGACCCAGCCAACAGGCUGAAGAACACAGAUGUGGAGAUCUUUGCUGUCGGUGUAAAGGAUGCCGUGAGGUCAGAACUGGAGGCCAUCGCAAACCCUCCAGUAGAAACGCACGUAUACACUGUAGAAGAUUUCGAUGCCUUCCAAAGGAUUUCGAAAGAGCUGACCCAGUCGAUCUGCCUGCGGAUUGAGCAGGAGCUCCUCAACAUUAAGAAGAGAAGCCUACUCCCACCCAAGUCCCUGAGCUUCUCUGAAAUCACCUCCAGAAGCUUUCGGGCCACAUGGGAUACAGAUGCUGUCGACACUGAAUCCUACCUGGUCCGGUACAGGCCUGCUGCACACACAGACGCAGACUACAUCUCUGUCUUGGUACCAGGAGACACAACCACUACAGUGCUAGUUCACCUCACCCCUCUCACUAAGUAUGAAGUCAAUGUCUACGCCCAGUAUGAUAAAGGAGAGAGCUUUCCCCUCACAGGCUUUGAGACCACACUGGAGGAACAGGGAAGUGUACGCAACCUCCGGGUGUCUGAGGAGACCACAGACAGUUUCCGGGUAUCGUGGGCGGCGGCUCCGGGCCCCGUGGUGAGGUAUAGGCUGACCUAUGUGCCUAUCAGGGGUGACAGUGCACUACUGGAGGCUGCCACGGUGGGCACAGAGACCAGCAUUGUCCUUCAGCCGCUCUUACCCAUCACCACCUACAGAGUGAGCGUGGCGGCCGAGUACCCAUCAGGCACUGGGGAACAGAUGCGAAUAGAUGGCACCACUAAAGAGGAGCAUGGCAUGCCUCGGAACCUGCGAGUGUUUGACGAGACACUGUCAUCAAUGCAUGUGGUGUGGGAGGCGGCCCAAGGCAAGGUGCUGCAGUACAUGGUGUCGUACCAGCCAACAGCAGGUGGAGAGACCAAGGAGGUAGUGGUGAGGGGUGAGAGCACAGCCACUCUGCUAAGAAACCUGCAGCCAGACACCGAGUACCAGCUGGCUGUGAGAGCUCGCUAUGCCUCAGGCCUCGGACCACCACUGGAGGGCACUGGCACUACUCUGGAAGACCUUGGCUCCCCACGAGACCUGAUAACCAGUGAUGUGACACACACAAAGUUUAAGGUGUCAUGGUCGGCUGCCCCGGGACGUGUGCUGCAGUACCGCGUGCGCUGGAAGUCCCGGUUCAGCGCCGAGUCCGGGGAGAAGAUGGUACCCGGGGAUGUAAUCAGCACUCUCCUGGAGGGUCUCACCCCGGAGACCCUCUACCAGGUGUCUGUCUUCGCCUUGUACAGGCUUGGAGAGGGAGAACCACUGGUUGGAGAAGAAACUACUGAUGCCUCUUCUGCUGCCAAGAAGUUGACAGUGUCUGAUGAGACGGAGCGGACGAUGAGAGUGUCUUGGCAAGUGGCGCCAGGCAAGGUGCUGAGCUACAGGCUUGUGUAUUCGCCCCAGCUGGGUGGCAAGGAGAUGAUGAUGAAAGUUCCGGCCAACGUCACCACCACCAUGCUGAGGAAGCUGCAGCCGUUGACCACCUACGACAUCACCGUGCUGCCCAUUUACAAACAUGGAGAAGGCAAAGCAAGGCAAGGAGUAGGAACCACAUUGUCACCUUAUAAAGCGCCGAGGAACCUGCAGACCUCCGAGCCGACCAAGACCAGCUUCCGGGUUUCGUGGGACCCUGCGCCCGGUGAUGUGCGUGGCUACAAAGUCACUUUCCACCCCAGUGACAAUGAGGUGAACCAGGGUGAGCUUGAGGUUGGACCCUACGACAACACGGUCGUCCUGGAAGAGUUGAGAGCAGGAACUAUGUACUCUGUGGCUGUUUUCGGAAUGUUUGAUGGAGGACAGAGUUUGCCAUUGGCUGGCGAGGAGAAGACUACCCUUAUGGAUGCUCCCGAUACACUUCCUGUUUCCCUCACUGAUGCUCGGUGUAAGACCACAGCCAAGGCCGAUAUAGUUCUCCUGGUAGACGGCUCCUGGAGUAUUGGCCGCGUGAACUUCAAAACCAUUCGGUCAUUUAUUGCUCGCAUGGUGGGUGUCUUUGACAUCAGCCCCAACAAGAUUCAGAUUGGUCUUGCUCAGUACAGUGGAGACCCCAAGACUGAGUGGCAUCUUAAUGCCCACAGAACCCGCAAAUCUCUCUUAAAUGCCAUAGCCAACCUGCCAUACAAAGGCGGAAACACCAUGACAGGUCUGGCUUUGAAGUACAUCCUGCAGAACAACUUCAAACCAAAUGUGGGCCUCAGGCCUGACUCCCGUAAAAUCGGCGUCCUCAUUACUGAUGGCAAGUCACAGGAUGAGAUUAUCAUCAGCUCUCAGAACCUGCGUGAUGAGGGCAUCGAGCUCUAUGCCAUUGGUGUGAAGAAUGCUGAUGAGAAUGAGUUGCGGUCUAUUGCCUCUGACCCAGAUGAGAUCCACAUGUACAAUGUUAAUGACUUUUCCUUCCUACUGGACAUCGUGGAUGACCUCUCGGACAAUCUUUGUAACAGCGUCAAAGGACUGGGAGGAGGCCCAGGCACUCCGACUGACCUGGAGACGUCAGAGGUCACUCACCACUCCUUCCAGGUCACAUGGAUGCCUCCUGAUGAGCCUGUUGAGAAGUUCCGCCUAGAAUACGUCCCAGUUGCUGGAGAGGAAACAAAAGUGGUGUAUGUGGAUGGUGAGGUGAACACCAUUGUUCUGGAGAACCUGAGCCCCCGCACCGAGUAUAUGGUGAAUGUCUUCUCCGAGAUCGGGGAGGAGAGCAGUGAGCCCCUCAAAGGCACAGAAACAACCUUGCCCCUGCCUGGUGUUCAGACCAUGGUGGUCUAUGAUGAGGCUUUGACCAGCAUGUAUGUGAGGUGGGACUUGGUGCGUGGCGCAACCGGCUACAUGCUACUGUACAGUGCCAUCAAUGCAACUGUGCCCACCAUGGAAAAAGAGAUGCGUCUUACAGCAUCUGUGAAUCGUGUCCUGCUGCCGCAGCUGGUCCCCAACACAGCCUACACAAUCUCACUGUUUGCCCUACAUGGAGAGGGAAUCAGUGAACCCUUCAUGGACCAGGGAGUCACCCUGCCCCUGCCUCCUGCUGGGAAGUUAAAGAUCUCCGACGCGACCCACAGCUCUAUGCGUCUGAAAUGGGACGCAGCUCCAGGAAAAGUGCGGAAGUACAGCAUCACCUACAAACCCGAAGAUGGAGAGGUGAAAGAGGUCUAUGUGGAAGGUGAUGUCACGACCCUGGUUCUCACCAAUCUCCGAUCUCAAACUGAAUAUAACAUUACUGUCAGACCUGUGUAUGACGAAGGUCCAGGAAACAGUAUGACUGGUAGUGAGAUUACAGAUGUUGUUCCAGCUCCAAAGAACCUGAAGUUCUCUGAGGUGACUCAGACCUCCUUUAGGGCUACAUGGGAACACGGCGCCCCUGACGUUGCCCUCUACCGCAUUGGGUGGAUGAAAAAAGGGGAUACUGACUACCAAUAUGCUAUUUUGACCAGUGAGGAAACAUCUCAUGUUCUGACGCAACUGGACCCAGACUCUCUGUAUGAUGUCACAGUCACAGCCAUCUACCCUGACGAGUCUGAGAGCGAAGAUCUGAUGGGCAGCCAGCGUACAUCGUCAAAGAUCAUUACACCUGCUCCCACUGGACCCCCUCAGAACUUGCAGGUGUUCAAUGCUACCACCACCACCCUGACUGUCAAAUGGGAUCAUGCCCCAGGGCCAGUUCAGAACUACAAGAUCAACUUUCAGCCAGUGGCUGGUGGAAAAACUCUGUCUACCCAGGUUGGGGGAAAGAAGAACAGUGUUAUCCUUCAGAAGCUAACUCCUGACACUCCCUAUUCUAUCACCGUAGCUGCUAUCUACCGCAGUGGAGAAAGCAGAGAUAUUUCUGGCCAAGGAAAGACAAAACCUCUGGGUGGAGUGCGAAACCUCCAGGUGUUGAAUCCAACUAUGACUACUCUGAAUGUGCGCUGGGAGCCAGCUGAAGGAAAAGUGAAGGAAUACAAAGUUGUAUACAUCCCUGCGGCCGGCGGGCCUGAAAGCAUGGAGCAGGUGUCAGGAACAACCACCACCACGGUUCUGAGAGGACUACAGCCCGACACCCUCUACGCUGUUACAGUGUACCCUGUGUAUGCUGAGGGUGAUGGCAAGAGGAUGACAGAAAAUGGAAAGACAAGGGCCCUGGGUGGCGUAAAGAACCUGAGGGUCACCAACCCCACAAUGACCUCUCUUGUCACAACAUGGGACCCUGCUGAUGGGGCCGUGCGCCAGUAUAAGGUCUUCUUCAUCCCCACGGCUGGAGGCACUGAGGACAUGGUAGCAGUCCCUAGUAAUACAAAUACUAUUGUACUGAGGAACCUACAGCCAGACACUCUUUACACUGUGUCAGUGGUGCCCGUCUACCCAGCAACUGAAGGUCGACGCCAGUCUGAGAAUGGAAAGACCUUGCCUCUUGGUGGCGUGAGGAACCUCCAUAUCACUGAUGCCACCUUCACUACACUCACGGCAUCAUGGGACGCUGCCGGCGGGAAUGUGCAGGGCUACAAAGUUAUCUACGUUCCCACUGAUGGAGGCACUGAGCUCACGGAACAAGUAUCUGAGAGUACCACCACGUUGGUUAUGAAGAACUUGCAGCCCAACACACUCUACACUGUACAAGUGGUGCCAGUGUAUGCUGAGGGGGAUGGACCAAGCCUCUCUGAGAAGGGAAGACAAGUAAAGCCUCUGGGUAGCGUGAGGAACCUGCAGGUUACAGAUCCAAGCAUAAGCACUCUGAACGUUCGCUGGGAGCCAGCUGAAGGCAGCGUGAGAGAGUAUAUCGUCAUCUAUGUCCCAGCGGCUGGCGGAGAGCAAGAUGUGGAGCAGGUCUCAGGCAGCACCACUCAGAUGGUUCUGAGGAAUCUGGAGCCUGACACAGAAUAUACCGUCACUGUGGUGCCUGUCUACCAUGAGAUGGAGGGCAAGUCUCUGUCAGAGAAUGGAAAGACAAAGCCAUUGGGUGGAGUUCGGAAUCUGAAGGUAACUGACCCAACUAGUAACACACUGACUGUUGUCUGGGAGCAUGCUGAUGAACCUCGCCAUUACAAGGUCGUCUACAUACCACAGCCAGGAACGGAGGAGAAAAUGGAACAAGUUUCUGGCAGCACCACUACCACCAUCUUGCGUAAUCUAGAUCCCAAUACAGACUACAAGGUCACACUCUUGCCCAUAUAUGAUAAAGACGUGGAGGGCAAACGGAGGUCAGAUACUGGAAAAACCACGUAAGUGCCCAGGCCCCUGGGUGCAGUGAAGAACCUUCAGGUGACAGAUCCAACCAUUAGCUCUCUGAGGGUCCGUUGGGAUCCAGCCGAUGGAGACGUGCGCCAGUACAAUGUGAUCUACGUUCCUGCUGCCGGGGGCAUUGAGAGCAUGGAUCAAGUGUCUGGAAUGUCGACCAACACAAUUCUGAGGAACCUGAAGCCAGACACUCAGUACAAAGUCAACGUGGUGCCAGUAUAUGCAGAUAUGGAGGGAAAAAGACAAACAGAGAAUGGAAAGACUUUGCCUUUGGGUGGAGUGAAGAACCUUCAGGUGACCGACCCCACAACCAGCUCCCUCCGAAUCCGCUGGGAACCCGCUGAAGGAAACGUCCGUCAGUACAGGCUCUUCUAUGUGCCUGCUUCUGGAGGGGCCGAAGAUAUGGAGCAAGUGUCUGGAGGCACCACCAACACCAUUUUGAGGAACCUGCUGUCAGACACAGUCUAUACCGUAACUGUGGCUCCUGUGUAUCCUGAGGGGGAAGGCCUUCGCCAGUCGGAAAAGGGCAAGACACUCCCGCGUAUCCCGCCAAGGAACAUCCAUGUCUACAAUCCCACCCCCAACAGCCUGAACGUGCGGUGGGAGCCUGCCUCGGGCCAGGUGCAGCAGUACCGUGUCGUCUACGCGCCUCUCAGUGGAGUCCGGCCUUCAGAGUUUGUUUUGGUACCAGGCAACACUAACAAUGCAUUCUUGGAUCAACUCAUCCCUGACACGCCAUACUCUGUGAAUGUCUUGGCAUUGUAUGCUGAUGGAGAUGGUCCACCUGUCAAAGGAAAUGGGAAAACAUUGCCAAGAGCUGGACCCAGGAACCUACGUGUGUUUGAUGCCACAACAAGCACUCUCAGCAUCGGCUGGGACCACGCAGAAGGCCCUGUGCAGCAGUACAAGAUUGCAUAUGCCCCCACUACCGGGGACCCCAUCACUGAAUUUACUGCCGUUCCUGGAAACAGAAACAAUGCUAUCCUCCAAAACCUUUUUCCUGACACUCCCUAUAAUAUCACAGUGCAGGCCAUCUAUGCAGAUGGAAACGGAGGUAUUCUGGUUGGAAACGGGAAAACACUUGGACUGCUGGAGCCCCAGAACCUGCGUGUGUCUGAUGAGUGGUACACCCGUUUCCGUGUCUCCUGGGACCCUGCCCCAGCUCCGGUGCUGGGCUACAAACUGGUAUACCAGCCCACAGACACGGAUGAGUCCUUGGAGGUGUUUGUCGGUGACGUCACCUCAUACAGUCUUCACAACCUCCUCCCUGGCACCACUUACGAUGUGAAAGUGGUUGCGCAGUAUGAUGCUGGAGUGAGUGGUGCGCUCAUGGGGCAAGGAACAACACUGUACCUCAAUGUUACCAGCCUGGAAACAUACAACAUUGAUUAUGACAAGUUCUGUAUUAAGUGGGCUCCGCAUCGAGCAGCAACCUCCUACAGGAUCAAGCUCAAGCCUCUUGACCCGGGGGCCAGAGGACAGCAUGAGAUCACCAUCACGGCGGGGCAAAGUCAGUACUGCUUUGAUGGCUUGAGUCCUGACACACUGUACAAUGCCACUGUGUUUGUCCAGACACCCAACCUGGAGGGACCUGGAGUCAGCGUCAGGGAGCACACGUUGGUCAAGCCAACUCCAGUGCCAACAUUGCCCCCAACUCCACCUCCUCCACCUACCAUUCCUGCAGGAUGGGCAGUCUGCAAAGGUGCCAAGGCAGAUGUGGUGUUCCUCAUCGAUGGCUCCUGGAGCAUUGGUGAAGAGAGCUUCCACAAAGUGUUGCAGUUCGUCUUUAGUAUCAUGGGAGCCUUUGAUGUCAUUGGCCCAUCAGGAAUGCAGGUGUCCUUUGUGCAGUACAGCGAUGAUGCCCAGACAGAAUUCAAGAUGAAUACUUACAAUGACAAGGGCCCUGCCCUGGCGGCACUCCAGCUGAUCCACUACAAGGGAGGAAACACGAAGACAGGCAUUGCUCUGAAGUAUGUAUACGAAAAGGUGUUUGCUUCUGAGAAUGGAAUGAGGAGGAACGUUCCAAAGGUAGUUGUGGCAGUUACUGAUGGACGCUCUCAGGAUGAAGUGAAGAAAAAUGCGGCCAAGUUGCAGCAUGCUGGUUACAGUGUGUUCGUGGUGGGUGUGGCUGAUGUGGACUACGCUGAGCUCCAGAACAUCGGAAGCAAGCCCAGUGAACGUCACAUCUUCGUCGUGGAUGACUUCGAUGCCUUUGCCACAAUACAAGAAAACUUGGUCACCUUUAUCUGUGAGACUGCUUCCUCCUCUUGUCCUCUAAUCUACGUGAACAGCUUCACAUCACCCGGUUUCAGAAUGCUUGAGGCCUUUAAUCUGACAGAGAAGAUGUAUGGUGCUACGAAAGGGGUCUCCAUGGAGCCAGGCUCUUUCAACAGCUACACAGCAUACAGGCUCCACAAGGACGCAUUCAUCAGUCAGCCCUCAGUAGACAUCCACCCUGAUGGCCUGCCUGCAGCUUAUACCAUCAUUCUGAUGGUCCGACUACUUCCUGACUCACCAAAACAGGCCUUUGAUAUCUGGCAAGUGUCAGAUAAGAACCACAAACCCGAGGUCGGCGUCACCCUGGAUCCCUCCAGCCAGACUCUAGCAUUUUACAACAAAGACACUCGGGGGGAGAUCCAGCGGGUCACAUUUGACAAUCAUCAAGUGAAGAGAAUGUUCCAUGGGAGUUUCCACAAGCUCCACAUCCUGGUCUCCCCCCAAAGCGUCAGGCUGAAUGUGGAUUGCCAGGAGGUGGCUGAGAAAGAAAUGAAGGAAGCUGGAAACACAUCAUUAGAUGGCUAUCAAGUACUGGGCAAAAUGUCCAAGUCAAUUGGUUCCAAGGGAGAAUCUGCAACAUUCCAGAUCCAGAUGUUUGACAUUAUCUGCAGCCUGGGCUGGACAAGUCGCGACAGAUGUUGUGACCUUCCCUCAAUGAGAGACGAAUCCAAAUGUCCAGCUCUUCCCAAUGCCUGCACAUGCAGCUCGGACAGUACAGGACCUCCUGGUACCCAGGGCCCUGUGGGCGCACCUGGUAGCAAGGGGCCUCGGGGUGAAAGAGGAGAACCUGGCCCUGUUGGUCCCACUGGACCUCAUGGAGAGAUGGGACCACCUGGACCGAUGGGUCUUCCUGGACCGCAGGGCCCUAGCGGGCUUUCCAUUCCAGGAGAGGCUGGCCGCCAAGGACCGAAAGGGGACCCUGGCGAUGCUGGACUACCUGGGCAGAAAGGUCCACCUGGACCAGCUGGUGCAGUUGGCCCUAUGGGAAUCGCUGGUGUGAGGGGACCCCCAGGGAAGGAGGGACCAGCUGGACCCAGAGGCCCACCAGGACCGAUGGGAGCCCCUGGAUCUCCAGGAAUGUCAGGACCUACAGGAAAACCUGGCAAUCCAGGUGAUAAUGGUGUUCCUGGACCCACAGGCAUGAAAGGAGACAAGGGCGAUCGCGGGGACCUUGCCUCACAAGCCAUGAUGCGCUCCAUCGCCAGACAGGUCUGCGAUCAGAUAGUCAACAGUCAGAUGGGCCGGUUCACUGAAAUGAUGGCACCCAGUGAAAUCCGCAGAAAUAGCCCAGGCCCAGCAGGCCCCCCUGGAGCCCCUGGACUUCCGGGCUCCCGCGGAGAACCUGGGCGAAUAGGCCGCAAUGGCUUCCCAGGAAAUCCAGGCUUACCUGGACAGCAGGGAGAGAGAGGGCCAUCUGGAGAGAAGGGUGAGAGAGGAAGUCCUGGGAUUGGAGAGAGAGGACAGAGAGGAUUGCCUGGACCAGCUGGUCCUCCAGGUGAAUCUCGACCAGGUCCUCCAGGCACUCCUGGUGCUCCUGGGUCUCGUGGCCCACCGGGUCGCAACGGUAUGGCAGGCCCCCGGGGACCUCCUGGCCCACCAGGUUACUGCGACUCCUCUCAGUGUGUGGGGAUCCCAUACAAUGGACAGGGAUACAGAGAACCAGAACCAGUCCCCCGUGAGCCAGACUCCCAUGUUAUCCCAAUACCCGAAGAAGACUUUGAGAUCUCCCCCAGCGAACGCCGCAAGAGAUCACUAUCCAGAAGACAGUUCAAAAGGAAAAUGUUAUAGAAAAAUUAUGUUAAUAUAAAAAAUAAUCCCCUCCCCUGUUGUAAUUAAAGUUACUUUCACACUUUUCACUAUGAAGGUCUAUGAACACUUGAAAUAACAGAGGUACUGUCUUUUGUUUUGUUUUCUUUUGUUUUGAGUGCCUUCAAUUGUGAAUUCUUUGGGGCAAACAGGAGUGUGAACCAAUCCAAAGUCUCACUGUUUUUUGACCAGCAAGCUUUGUCUCUUCUCCUCAUUGUGCACUUGUAAAUUAUUUGCUUCAUUGUAUACUCAGAUUAAAAUGAAUAAUGUGUCACUUAUGCUGAAUGCAUAGCAGAACACCAGUGUUCCUGGUGAGUUAGAUGCUUGCAUCCAUAAAUUACAGUCAUCUGUGCUUCCUGCCAGCUUCACCAUGUAUCAUACCAAGUGUCUCAUACAUGCGGACGUAUGUGUCUUUCAUUCAUUAUCUACCCUCAUCGCUUGAGUAAUGUUUCAACAUCAUUCACAAUAUGGUAACACAUGGCCUCCAUUACAUUAUUUUAAACCAAAUAUUUAUCAGUUUUCUAAUAUCAACUCACAGCCAAUUUUACCUAAGGUGGAAUUGCAUGUCUGUGGUGUAUAUUUAGUAAGUUUAUUUGUUUGUUUUGCAUUUUUAAUCAGAAUAUAGUUGUUGUCAUUUGUUGUUUUUUUCAAUAUCAAAUGCAGUUGGAAUUUGUGUGCAAGACUAUGGAUAUAGUAUUGCUGCUUCAUGUUUUUAACUGCACAUUGUGAAUUCCACAGCCUUAUUUUCUUAUUUAUUUCUGAAAAAGAGGAGGCAUUUUUCAAUAAAACUACUGAAAAUAUAA